AUGGGCCACCCAGAAGCCUGCAAAGCAGAUGUGGAAACACUCACGGACGGAUCAGAGUCCAGAUCUAUAGACCCUAUAUCACCUCAAUACCCAUCCCAUGCGGAUCAUUCAACUUCUUUGAGUGAUUCAAAACAGUCACCUGGAUAUUCAACUCAAACAGAGAUACCCAAGCCUCGGAGAUUCUUGGCCCAACCAAUCGAAACUGUAUCUCGAAGCUCCAAGAAUCAACAGCCUGUGUCUACGGGAAUAGAACCUCAUACAGCCACUUCGCCAGUUGAACCCCCAUUGCAAGGCCAUAAUGAACAUCGACCAAGAAGAUUUGCCCCUGAACCCAUUGAAACCACCAAAUCAAGCAAUAGAAGAUCUCAUACAGCCUCCGAAGUCACCGGGGAAUUCCUAUCGCAACCUAAAACCACGACCCCAAGAAGGUUUAAACCUGAACUUAUAGAGACCGACACACGCUCAGUCCGAACAACAGAUACCAGUCAGAUUCUCCGCCGACAUAACACAUCAGGUCCACUGGCUCACGCGAGCACCAGCCCGGGCACGACAGCUUGGUCAAACGCGGAUCACCAUGCCGUGUCGUUGUCACCACCUGAGUCUCGAUUCUCGUAUUCCAGUCUGUUGCACCGACAAGAAGGCCGCCGGCACUCAUUUCGAGUUCCAGCUCUUCCAUCAAUACCAUCCAAUAGCAGCGAAGAGUCUGAUAACUCCAGAUCUCACUCGGCGUGCACCUCACCACUUGGGCCAUCGAAUAAAACAACCAAAGGUAUAAAAUCCAGCAAGGUAUCCCGUGAAAGCUGCAGCGAAGAAUUCUCCGAAUUUUUGCUUUCGCUGGCCGCCCGCUCCGCACAGAAGCAGCUGAGAGAACAAGCACUGGCUGCUUUUCCCAACGAGCAGGUGUAUGAGCCCGUUGAUCAUUUUGCCAUAGAUGAGGACGACAGGGACUUAGAAGAAGAUGGUCCGUCCACUCACAUAAAAUAUCGUCAUAUCAAAUCUCGUCGACAAUCCUCGGCGGAUUUGUCUUGGGAACUUGAAUACAUGCGACACCAUAAAGAGGAGGCUGAAAUGAGGCUUCGGGCUAUGAUGGCAUCUGGACAGCAGGAGUCAUCUCGAAAGCAGAAGAAUAACGGCCCUAGUCCACCUAUGCUUGGAAGUGACAUUGUUCUACCACAGAGCUUAUCACCGGAGGGGACCAUCUGUGAGCAUCCUCACAUCAAUACUGCAGUGACUGGCGGACAGGACCUUUGCAACGACUGUGAAGGGCUGUGGUGCGCAGGCCCUCAUAGACAGAGUGCAAAGGGCGCCGGUUUGUGGAUGGGAACUUGUUGCAAAGAUGAGAAGCAGGAGCAGGAGGGCCCAGGACUAUUUCCGGGGAUUGUGACUCCUAUGGCUUGGAUUGAUGAAACAGGUGUCGGUGUAGGCCUCAGUCCAUCUCCUUCACAUAUCCACCUGGAUCGCCUGGCGACAUCGCCAGGGAACUCUGGUCGAAAAGCUACCAGUCCAAAUCUCCGGAAAGCCCUUGAUGCAGAAUUCCACGACGGAUUUGUCACGCAGAUAUUCAACUACCUCUCGUUGGGAUAUCCUUGUCUUGCCCGUUAUUAUGACUACGAGCUCAGCCGAAUCUCAGGGAUCACAGUUGAAGAGCUCCGUCAGGAUGACCUACACACUGAUGCCCGGGGAUAUUUUGCCCUUGACAACAAAGAUCUGACCAGGAAAUGUACUCGAUGGAACGCAUUGCGCUUGUAUAUCCAGGAGUGGGUUAGACAGGAGCCUGGCAUGGUCGAAGAUGAAACCAACCUAGAAGGCUGGGGACUGCCAGAAAGAAAGGGCAGCUGGGCCAUUUGA